UCCCGCGCCCAGCCACCAGAUUCCAGGUUAAAAAAAAAAGAAAAUACAUUCACCGCCGGCUAAAAAUCCCAUAUAGCAUGGACUACGAGGUCUUCUAGUCUUCUAGAAUCCUGCGGCUGCGGGUGGAGAAGCCGACGAAACCUGCACAGGAGGGCAAGCACCAGUUCGCCGUCGCACGCAAGGUGCUUGAUGAAUUGUUCCACAUCAUAUUUGGCUUUGCUUGCGCUGCUCUCCUUGAGCAACUACUAGGAAACUAAAAGGAUGAUCGCGGGGAGACAUUUUCGCGUCUUCCACUGUUCCACACUCGGUUUCGGCCGGAAGAGUCUGACAUUUCCAAGUUUCCCUUCUCGAAUGAUGACUUCUUCUUGCCCCCCAGUACCCAACUGCGCUGGGAUGCGCGUGGAUGUUUUCUCUCGACAUCCUAAUCACCAUCGGCUGAACUGUCGCCGCGCUUUCUUUGUACAUACAUUUCCACGGGAUCGUGUUGCGUCGCGUCUCUCCUUUGCAUUGCCUUGCUCUAUAUAAGCCUUCGUAGUUCCCUGUAUUUGCAUCUUCCAUGCCUGCCUGGCUGCUACAUACUCAUUGCUGUUCCCUAUGACUGACGCUAUUAGCGCGGCUGGUUCGUGCCUUCAGCCCAUGUGCGAGUGCUUGACUGGCACCGGCAUUCUUGACGCUGCGGCCCAAAAGGUUGCCGCGUUCCUGCACCUCAAAUCCAACUGGGGUGAUCUCGAGAAGGCCAAGGAGCUACUGCAUGCCGUCGAGACAACGGUGAGAGCGCAAGUCACUGCGGAGGUCGACAAGCUAAACGUUUGUGAUCCUCAGGUGCAGGUCUGGCUCAGGCAUGUCGAUGAGCUACAGUUGGAGGCCAUUGAUGAGGAGUAUGGCCAGUUGAUGAAGUAUUCUUGCCUCUGCCAGUGCACCGUGCAUGCUGCUCGUCGUUCAAAGAUCGGUGGGCGUGUUGUUAAGGCACUGGACGAGGCGAAUAAACUUAUAGAGGAAGGGAGGCAGUUCAAUAAAUUUGGAUUCAAGCCCCUGCCGAAGAUUGUUAGUUCCUUGUCUGAAGUCAAGACGUUUGGUUUGGAUACCAUGCUGAGUCAGCUCCAUAAUCUGUUUGAGAAUGGUGACUCAAACAUAAUUGGUGUGUGGGGUCAAGGAGGUGUUGGUAAGACAACACUCCUCCAUGUUUUCAACAAUGAUCUUGAAAAGAAGUCCCAUGACUAUCAGGUUGUUAUCUUUAUUGAAGUAUCCAAUUCUGAGACAUUGAACACAGUGGAGAUACAGCAGACUAUCUCCGAAAGGCUUAAUUUGCCAUGGGAUAAAGAUGAGCCAACUGCCAAACGGGCCAAAUUCUUGGCAAAGGCUCUGGCAAGGAAAAGAUUCGUCGUGCUGCUUGAUGAUGUAAGGAAGAAAUUCCGACUGGAGGAUGUUGGUAUCCCAACUCCAGUUACCAACAGCCAGAGCAAGUUGAUCCUCACAUCACGUGACCAAGAAGUAUGCUUCCAGAUGGGUGCACAGAGGAGCUUGAUUAAGAUGCAGAUUUUAGGUAGUGAUGCUUCGUGGAAACUGUUCUUGAGCAAGCUGAGCAAGGAGGCUAGUGAAGCAGUUGAAUCUCUUGGUCCUCAGAAUAUUAUUAUGGAGCAUGCGAAGGCAAUAGCCCAAAGUUGUGGAGGCCUACCACUUGCACUCAAUGUCAUUGGGACCGCUGUGGCAGGCUUGGAAGAAAAUGAGUGGAAAUCAGCUGCGGAUGCAAUUGCUAUCAAUAUGGACAAUUUUAAUGGUGUGGAUGAAAUGUUUGCUCAGUUGAAAUACAGCUACGACAGACUCACACCCACUCAACAACAGUGUUUCCUGUACUGCACUCUUUUUCCAGAGUAUGGAUCUGUUAGUAAAGAGCAACUUGUCGAUUAUUGGUUAGCUGAAGGUUUGCUAUUAAAUGAUUGUGAGAAGGCUUAUCAGAUAAUCCGCAGUCUUAUUUCAGCCUGCUUGUUGCAGACCAGUGGCUCAAUGUCAACAAAGGUAAAAAUGCACCACAUAAUCAGGCAUCUGGGGCUUUGGUUGGUUAGCAAGUCAGAUACUAAGUUCCUCGUUCAACCAGGGAUGGCCUUGGAUAAUGCUCCACCAGCUGGAGAGUGGGAAGAAGCCAGAAGGAUCUCCAUCAUGUCUAAUAACAUCAGAGAGCUUUGUUUCUCACCAAAAUGCAAAAACCUCACCACAUUGUUGAUGCAGAACAACCCAAACUUGAACAAGAUGAGCACGGGAUUUUUCAGAACUAUGUCAUCCUUGAAAGUGCUUGAUCUUUCUCAUACCGCAAUAACAUCACUUCCGGAAUGUGAGACAUUGGUUGCAUUACAGCAUCUGAAUUUGUCGCACACACACAUUAUGAGAUUACCUGAGCGCCUAUGGUUACUGAAAGAGUUGAGGCAUUUGGAUCUCAGUGUUACUGUUGCACUUGAAGAUACCCUGAACAACUGCUCAAAGUUACAUAAGUUGAGAGUGCUCAAUCUCUUCCGCAGCCACUAUGGGAUCCGGGAUGUUGAUGACCUAAAUCUUGAUUCCCUGACGUCACUAUUGUUCCUUGGAAUCACGAUUUAUGCAGAGGAUGUGCUAAAGGAAUUGAACACACCUCGCCCUUUGGCAAAGUCAACACAUCGCUUGAACCUGAAGUACUGUGCAGAGAUGCAUUCAAUCAAAAUCUCUGACCUGAACCACAUGGAGCACCUCGAGGAGCUACAUGUUGAAUCAUGCUAUGACCUGAAUAAAGUGACUGCCGAUGCUGAGCUUACAACUUCUCGCUUGGUCUUCCUGACCCUUUCAGUCCUUCCCUCAUUGGAAAAUAUCAUUGUUGUACCGACUCCCCAUAAUUUUCAGUACAUCCGCAAAUUGGUCAUCUCAAAGUGCCCCAAGUUGUUGAACAUCACAUGGGUUCGAAGACUUCAACUGCUUGAGAGGCUUGACAUAUCUCAUUGUGAUGGGAUGCUGGAAAUUGUUGAAGAUGAGGAAGUUUACAGUGAGGAGCAGAAUGGAGCACAAAUGAAAAUACAGGAUCAUGAUUCAGAGAAACAAGAAGACCAUGCAAUGGUACAAACUGGGCACACUGACUUCGCAAAGCUGAGGUUGAUUGUAUUGACUGAUCUUAAGAAGCUGAGAGGAAUUUGUAAACCGAGAGAGUUCCCAUCCCUUGAGACCCUUCGGGUGGAGGAUUGCCCAAAUUUGAGAAGUAUCCCACUGAGCAGCGCGCGUAGCUAUGAGAAACUGAAGCAGAUAUGCGGUUCGUUUGAUUGGUGGGAGAAACUGCACUGGGAAAACAGUGAGGAGGAGGAGGCGCGCAUGGAGAGCAAGUACUUCAUUCCAAUCUGACAGAAUCCCAAUUUCAAUGGUUUUCGCGAUACAUGCAGCAGCGGCUUACUUCUGUCUUGACACGGAUAAGAGGUCUCUUCUAAAGUUGUUUUAAAUAGGUUAUGUCAAUUGCUGAUUACACUCCUGUGUAUGAUAUUCUGUAAAUUGCUGGUAUUGUUUUUUUUUUGUUUUGACAAAGUAACUGUAUUCCAUUUCAAUCAUUUGUAAUGUGCAUAUAGUCAUUCAACCACAUGUAAAUUGCUGGUAUACUUUCAUGUACAUGAUAUGAUUUGUCAUUUAAACAAUAUAAUAAGGUUCAUAGCUA